AAAUUGUUGGUAUUUCUUGUGUUAGGGUUUUAUUAUCUACUGAACUCCGUUGGGUAGAAGAAAGAAGAGAAGAAAUGGAGACUUCGCUGAGAUACGGCGGAGAUUCGAGCGCCCUGAAAAUCAACAAGACGCCGACGAGCAACAACAAGAAGGGUCCUCAGACGGUGAGGUACGCCAGCGAUGCUUCCGGCUCCGCCCUCAAAAUCUAUGCUAAGCAGAAGUUCCAUAUCGAUUCCAACACUCGUCUUCAGCUUAAUGGAGAACUCGAUACAAGGAUUGGAGCUCCAACUUUUUUCAGUGCACUUCUGAGAUACUUUCCUCCGGAACUUUCGGCAAAGAUUGGAGCCGGAUUACAAUAUACUAAGCGUGAGAAACUUCAUUAUACCAUGCAUGGGAAAAAAUCAUUUCCACUGAUUCCUGAUCAAUUUGUCAAUUUUGUUAUUAAGGGUCGUUGCGAUCUCGACAAAGAAUUUAAACAGCCAACACCAAGUGGAGCAGCUGAACUGGUUUGGAACAUUGUUGAUUUUCAGAAAGAUCAAGAGUUAAGGCUUAAAGUGGGCUACGAAAUCUUUGACAAGAUUCCGUAUGUACAAGUGAGGGAAAACAACUGGACAUUCACUGCUGAUGCUAAUGGCAAAUGGAAUGUGAAAUAUAAUCUAUGAUUCAAAAAUCUUGUUAUCUGUAUUUUUACCUUGUAUUAAGAAAUCAAGAGCAUCAGUUAAUUUGUGUAGGUUUGUAGAUGCCGCUACUGAAAAAAAUGACGGAAUUUAGGUUUUUAAAGAUAUAAUGCUGUUACAUUUUCUUACUCAUCGUCGCGUUUAUCCGUUCAAACAGUACCUUGUCCCAGGGUUUUAUUUGAUCGGUUUGCGGGUUGAGAUUGUUUCAUGUAAACCGAACUGAUUUUAACUUCUACAAACCCGAUUUCAAAAC